GAAAGUAUUCUGGUGAACUAAAGACUGUGCAGGCCUUGGACAGAGAGGAGAACAGCACAUACACCAUGGAAGUUAUUGCAGUAGAUGGACGAAACUCUUCUUUAUCUGCGUCCACCCUGGUGACUGUCCAAAUCCUGGACGUGAAUGACAACAGUCCAGUGCUCGUUGGAGAUUAUUCCUGGAAGUACCUGUGUACGCCUCGCUGGGAGGACCAAGCUCUGGUGUUGGCCUCACGAGACAGUGAUGGGCCACAGCAUGGAGGACGACUCAACUUCUCCCUGCGCAGCGAUGCCACAGUCCGACGUAACUGGAAGCUAACACCGAUCAAUGGUGAGGGGAACCCAGUCCACCCACAGUUU